UCACGAUUUAAAAAGUAGGCGUUGCAAAGUCAUGUCAAAAUAGUUAUUCUAGAAACUUUUGGGACAGAAUCAAGUUCAAAUUCCCGCUACCAUUCCAAAUUCCAAUUUUUCAAAUUAAAUUUAUCCAAAUCCAAAACUUUGUAUCUGGUUUCGUUGAAAAUUUAUCUAGAAAAAAUGGCCCCCAACCGGAUCUUCAUGGUGGAACUGAUAGUGGAAGACUUGCAGAUGUUCUCAGCCGAACAGCUGGGCGGUUCGUCAUCGCCACCUCCUGAAGAGGUUCAGCCGCAACCAACGGAUGAGGAAGCCGGAGAAUCCGAAUCGUCCCCAACCUGUCCGGAGCGAUGCAUUCGCUUUCAGUUGUCCAAUCUGGCUCGCUGCGAAGUUUGCGAGAAGGACUUCGGGUCCCAGCUGGACGAGAGUUCGGCCAAAUUGGGCGAAAACUGCAUGUUCACGCUGAAUGUCGACGGGUUGAAGGAGAACGAGCUGAGCUUUGAGAUUUCCGCAUUGGAGAAGCGUAAAGAUGGAGGCAAAAAGGUUUUGGGGAAGUGGGUGGAGCCCGCGAAUGAACUUUUGGACAAUCUGGCGAAGAACUUUGACAACGUCAACGGCAGGCGAGGAUCGGAGAUAUCGAUCGGGACGGCCUUGUCGGACGACUCGGUGUCGAAGAAGAACUACCCCGUUUCGGAGACCAUCCGGUCGCUGUAUCCUCUGAGGGACGAACAGGAGGUCGUCCGGGGGUGUGUCAUAGUGACCGUCCGGAUCUCAUGUCUGGGAACCCGGAUUAAUCAGAAGGUUAAGCUCGGUGCCAAGGAUGAUCAACCGGGAGUAACGUGUUUCAAGAUGACCGAUCAGGAAGGCGAAGAACAGUUCAUGAAGUGCGUAGCGUUCGACGAGGUGGCCCAUCCUCAUCCGGUGAUGUGCGAGGAAUGCGAGAAACCGCCAAGCAUGAUCUCACUUCCUCCGACGCCACCUGGAUCGGUGUGUAGCAAGGAGGAAGUGUGCGCGCCGUACGAUGAGUACACCGCUGAAAUGAAUGGGAAUGCAAUUUCCAUUCGGGUGGAGAAGGACUCAGAGAUCAAGGUCAUGCUGGAUGAUGAACAGGAUAACAGCUGUACCAAAGGAUGUUGGACUUCCCUUAAACUGCCGGAAGGCAUCUACGCCUUGGAAGAACGGUACGUCCAACGGGAAGAGAACGCCUGCCGGCUCCCGGUCAUCCGAGGUAACCUCAAGUACCCUGCCCGCCAGUGGUCGGCCGACUUCAUGAUGUGCAAACAAAAGCGUCCGAUCUGCGCAGAAGACUACCGCAAGCGGCCAGAUGCGACUCGAUCGAUUUGUAUGCAAACUCGAGACCCGGAGGAGCCUCACUCGGUGCAUCCUUGCGGGAUCGAAAUUUGCAAGAAAGGUUGGCACGAUCCGAACGUGGACGUUUUCGUACUGAAGUUGGGUAAGAACAAGACUACCAGAUCCCAGAAUGGCGGUAAUCAGAUUGAGCUGGAACUGAGGACCCCGAAAGGACCCAUGCGGGAAAAGCGACCGAAGGAAACCCGAGGCGUUCAGGUGAUCGAGUCCGAGUUUGAAGAUUUCAAGCCUCCGCAGGCGGAAGAUUCGAAGAAGCCGAAAAAGAAGGCCUCUGGUAAGAAGGGCGCCAAAAAGAAGUAACCGUGAAGAAGAAAGCUCCACUGAUUGUGUUCCACUGACUUCGACUCGCAGCUCAUUAAAGGUUAUUAGAAAAACAGUGCAUCUGAUAGGAACA